UGCCCGGCACCGCGGCCUCGCCCUCGCCCUCCGCCCCUGCGCCUACACCGCGUAGGCCGCCCCCCCCCUCCGCGCGCGCGCACCCCGGUGACGACCCCCGCCCUCGCCCAGACCGGCCCCCCCCGUUCUUAAAAUUUAAAGGGGGCGCAGCAUUAACGCUUCCCGCUCAGGUGACCUCUCUGGGGUCUCCCCGCCAAAGGUGCCCCGCCGCCGAGGAACAUGGCGAAGGUGGAGCAGGUCCUGAGCCUCGAGCCACAGCACGAGCUCAAAUUCCGAGGUCCCUUCACUGAUGUUGUCACCACCAACCUAAAGCUUGGCAACCCGACAGAUCGAAACGUGUGCUUUAAAGUGAAGACAACAGCACCACGCAGGUAUUGUGUGAGGCCCAACAGCGGGAUCAUCGACGCAGGGGCCUCGAUUAAUGUAUCUGUGAUGUUACAGCCUUUCGAUUAUGAUCCCAAUGAGAAAAGUAAACACAAGUUUAUGGUUCAGUCUAUGUUUGCUCCAUCUGACACUUCUGAUAUGGAAGCAGUAUGGAAGGAGGCGAAACCGGAAGACCUUAUGGAUUCAAAACUUAGAUGCGUGUUUGAAUUGCCAGCAGAAAAUGAUAAACCACAUGAUGUAGAAAUAAAUAAAAUUAUAUCCACAACUGCAUCAAAGACAGAAACACCAACGGUGUCUAAAUCUCUGAGUCCUUCCUUGGAUGACACUGAAGUUAAGAAGGUGAUGGAAGAAUGCAGGAGGCUGCAAGGCGAGGUCCAGAGGCUGUGGGAUGAGAACAAGCAGCUCAAGGAAGAAGAUGGACUUCGGAUGAGGAAGUCUGUGCAGAGCAACAGUCCCAUGUCAGCGUUAGCCACCACCGGGAAGGAGGAAGGCCUCAGCACCCGGCUACUCGCUCUGGUGGUUUUGUUCUUUAUCGUUGGUGUAAUUAUAGGGAAGAUCGCCUUGUAGAGGCAGCAUGCAAAGGAUGGUAAAUUGGAUUGAUGGAUCCACCAUAUCAUGGGAUUUAAAUUUAUCAUAACCAUGUGUAAAAAAAAAAUUAACGUAUGAUGACAUCUCACAGGUCUUGCCUUUAAAUUACUCCUCUCCGCGCGCGUGCACACACACACAAAUAUAACAAUGUAACAAUCUUUUAGAAAGUAAAAAAUGUAUAGUAAAUGAUUGGGGGGAAAAUGAUCUUUAUUAAUGACAAGGGAAGCCGUGAUUAAUACCACAGUGGCAUAUUGUAAAUGUCAUCUUAAGCAUUGGUAGGCCUUGGUACAUGUUGCUGGAUUACCUCUCUUAAAACAAGACUCUCUUCUUCGCCUGUUGGUGCUGGCUCAUGGGGAGCUGGAGUCCAGCGUGGUGGGGAGUGCAGUCACCUCCACACAGUAACCCCCACGCUACGCACUCCCUGCCCAGGCUGCUUUCCAUGUCUUCAGUUCUGUCCAGGCCAUCAGUUCCUUGGGACUGAUGAAGAGAGCCAGAAGCUGAAAAGAAUCGCACUGUGGCAGUAUCAGAUGUGCUCGGCACGAGCGAGAGGCAUAUGUUGACUGAUUGACCCAACACUUUGGAAUUAUAAGUCAGUGCUUUGUUCUCUUAAAGGGACCAAGCUAAAUUACUAUUGGUUCAUGUAGUGAAAUUGAACUGUUAUUCAGAGAUGUUUAAUGCAUAUUUAACUUAUUUAAUGUAUUUCAUCUCAUGUUUUCUUAUUGUCACAAGAUUACAUUAAUGCUGCAGCCUAAAAGUCAUCCAUGCUACCUAACGCUGGUGAGUGAAGCUGGCGUUGCUACUGGAGAGCUGUGGGCUUCUCUGUCUCUGGAGGUUCUGGGCAUGUGGAGGGAGGGUUUAUGUGAAUGUUGGAGAAUAGCUACCAGGAAGUGUUUUUGUGUGUUAAUAAAUAACAGUCAUCAUAGGGAGGGAAAUUCUUAGUAGUGUCGGUUGACUCUAGGUUACUCUUUCUAAUGGAGAAGAGUAGCUAGUCUUUUAGAUUGUUCUUUCGCUUCCACUCACACUCCCAGCACAAAGGCCCACAUCUGGUCCUGGCCUCCCCAUGCGGCCCUGGCUUGGAGUCAGGAUGAGUGAUUCAGGCUACACAGGGUUAGGAGAGGGGGCGCCAGCAGGUGGGAGUGGGGAGCUGACCCACUGAGUAAUAAUUGAGAGUUUGAUGUGAAUUAAUUCUGUUCCGUGAAAGACCAAUCCAGUUCUGUUUGAAUGUGUAGCAUCUUAAAAAGAAAAUUAAAAUAAAGCCCCCAAAUGAGGAGUUCUUUUGUCAUUUUGUCACAUUUGCUAUGUGGGGGUAAUUAUGAUCUUUUUAUCAUCAUCAUCAUCAUCAUCACCAUCAUUUUGUUAUUGCAAGUUUGAUUUAAAAAUGAGCCCUAUCAAUGAGAAAUACAUAUGUUUAGUGAUGUAACUACAUACACACACGCAAGUGUGUACACACACACACACACACACAUAUAUAUUUUUUGGUGGGCUUCAACUGAGUGUAUGAAAAAUAAAACUGCUGAAAAUCUAAGCACCUGGUCACCCUUGCCCUUCCAUUGCUUUGGCCUUCAAUGAAAAGCAGCCUCCCCUCAGGGUGAGGGAGCUGUGGCACAAACACUAGUGACAGGUGCGCUGGGUGUGGCUCCAGUAUGGACAUGGGUUUGAGAGGACAAUUUCAUUAAAAGGAAGACAGUUCUUAGAAGUCACAUACCUUGAGCCACAUUGCUCCCGAUCCUGGCUCUGGCGAGCUGAGUCAGACUCCUUGGGACUGUGAAGUGGAUCCGAGUAACUUCCUGCCUUUGUGAAAAGGAGUUUACUAUAAGUUCCAGGUGCUCCAGAAAAUGUCGAUCAGACCUAGUUCUCACCCGAGCACCUAUUGCACAGAUGCAUUGAGCAUGCAGACAGGAAGGCUGCCCAUCAUAAAUUAGUCUCCAGGAUCUUUUCCACGUGGCCCUGGGUACUUGUGAAAGGGGUGAAAAGACUGAGCUGAGAGGAAUGUACCUUCUGCCACCCAAUUUUCUGUACGUGUGCUAAAAUUUGCUAAUUGUAGUUGCUGCAGCAAAUUAGUUUUUCUGUAGCUUCCAGUCCCUGGUGGCAUUGAAAGAAGAUGAUUAGAAAGGCCUCAAACAGUACUUGGGGGGCUAGAGCAGGAGUCUGUAAACUUUUUCUUAAAGAGCACGGCCGUGAGGGCCCGCCCAUGGCUCACUUGGGUGAGUGUGGUGCUGAUAACACCAAAGCCACGGGUUUGGAUCCCUAUAUAGGGAUGGCUGGUUAGCUCACUUGGGAGAGCGUGGUGCUGAUAACACCAAGUCAAGGAUUAAGAUCCCCUUAACUGGUCAUCUUUAAAAGAAAAGAAAAGAAAAGCACAGCUGUGUGUACUGAUAAAACUUUAUUCACAAAAACAGGCAACUGGUGGGAUUUGGCCUGAGAAUCCAUGACGGUUCAGUGCCUGGAAAACUACUCUGUUUCAGGUUUUGAAGGGGAUUUAGUGUUUUGUGUACAUCGAGGAGAAGGUAUUCGGCUUCUCAGAGGAUGUAGACAUUUUGUUUGUAGCUAAAAAUCAAAUUUUAAAAUUCAAAGUUGUCUCUUCCUUCUAACUGUUAAUCCUCUGAAGUCUCUUUCCCCAGAGGUUGGGAUUUAUUGAACACAUGUUAGUUUGUAGGGCUUUUUGACUGAUUAGAAACUUCACAGGGAGAGAAGAAGGGUAGUGGGAAGAUGGUUAUUCUGUAUGUCAUCCUGGUCAGUAAAGAAGGUGCCAGAAGAGAGCAUAUGUGUGCAGCAAGUGCUGCUCAUGCUCAGGGCCCCUCUAAAGAGCCACAAACCCUUGGGAGAAUGGAGAUGCAUGCACAUUUUGGGUGUCUUCUGGAAUGAUGAGGAAAAAAAGUGAGAGUAAGGCAAAGAGAAGGUCCUGUCACAGUGGUCUGCUCCGGGGAUGGACUGGCACAGGCUGCGAGGCUGAGGCUGGCUAGGGGCUGGCGGGAAGUGAGCCGCUGGCAGGCUGCCCUGUACCCGCUACCUUGGUUACUGGUCCCACAGGAACUCCAAGAGGGGUGCCUGGCCACAGAGCUCACAAGUGCGGAAGAGAGGAAGGCAGUGCAGAAUCCUGUAAAUUUUUAUUGAUUGACUUUUUAAAUUGAUAAUAUAAGUGCCCUUGGCACAAUACAAAAUACCUCUUAAAGACAGUAGGCUGUAUUAUAUGUAGGUGUGAGGACUCAGCUUUAAUUUUUCUCCCCUCCUAGUUUGCGUGUUUUCCCUCUCUAGGCUUCUAAACUGCUGGCACUAGCAGUAAUAAAUACUGAUAAAAUCAAAAUUGAUUUUUACCAGUGGAUAGUUUAUGCCUAGAGAGGUGGCUUAUACCUACAUAACACAGAAGGGGGAAAAAUGAAGAACCUCUAGUGAUCUGUGAAAACCCAAAUGCUUUCAAACAAAUCCGAGGAACAGAAUUGCUAUCAGAAGAUAUCAGUGCCCAGCUUGCAGGCUGUGUUGAGUCAGAUAUAACUGAAUGCCGUGAGAGCUCAGAGUUAAAUAGCCUUUCAGAUUAAUUUGAAAACAAGCUCUGUGUGUGUGUGUGUGUGUGUGUGUGUGUGUGUGCGCGCGUGCGUGCGUGGGGGUGGGGGGCAUGUGUACCAUAUGUAAGUAGCUUGACAGUUUUCAAGUGGUGCCUUUAUUUUUUGCACACACAAAUCUCUAUUUGCAAACUCAGAAUCUAUGCCAAAAUAAAAUGCCGUUUGUCAUUUUCAACUCCUUCUCUAAAGAACUGGCCCAUGUACAAAUUUCUGGUUCUGGUUUGUGAAAUUCUUGUUUUAAAGAAAAAAUUAUCAAGAGAAAUGGGUCUUGGGCUCCCAAGUCACCUUGAACAUCUGAUUAACUUUUCACCUCUGAGACCUUCUCGGGUGUGGUGGCCACUGCCUCCCCCUGCUGGAGAUGGCACUUCACUGAAGGGCGUCUGGCUGCGGCUUCCCCAUCUCUCCUGUUGAGCUGUCUGCCCUGCAGGAGGAGAACUAAGUAAAACUUGGCAUUAAACGAAAGUUACCACUCUGAGGAAACCUAUCUUAAUUAAGCUUGGGGCCAUGUGCGCUGUUGCCGAGAAUGAGUGCUUUCAAAGAUGAGCAGAAACAGAACUGUAUUUAGAAAGUCCUGUGAAAAGCGUAGAUAGAUGACCCCAGUUCCUGGCACACGAAUCUGAUAAGGCCAGCGAUUACUCUUCGGUAACGUAAAGGGCAGCUCUAUCACAUGCCCUUCUGCAAAAUCGGGUCCCUCAGGGUUUCUGUGGCCUGACUGGAUUUGGAGAAGGUUUUUCCCCCCUUCCUCAGACAGAGCUACUCUGAUAGGAGCCUUCUAGAGAAGUUGCUGUUGUUUCAAUGCCACUCCCUAUCUGUGCAGAGCAUUUCCAGUACACUCCAUUGAACAAAUCCUCACAACAGCUAUGGCGAGUGCUCUUGUACACAAGGAAAUGAAGGCUCCAGGAGGUAAAACUGGGCAACUCUUUAGAAUCUCUUGUUUAGAGGUAGAUCAGUCCGCGAAGGCCUGUGUCAUUAAGACACUAUUGCAACUCUGAAAAUUGCUCACGGGAACCGAGGGAAUGAACCUUGACUGCUCUUAGCUGCUCUGCCUUUUACAUGUCUGCCUCCUUACCUGAUUCCGUUAUUUUCAAGCUAAAGUAGGUUGAAUCAGGACUUGAGUUCAGACGCUUUUUCUUUUUCUUUUGGAAACUGAACACACUCCCAACAAUGAAGAAAUGUGCAUCUUCCAUUUUCUCAUUGCUUGAAAAUCUCUACCCAACGCUCCUGGGGAAUGAACUUGGGGGCUUUAGAAAGAAAAUUACCAGUCUGUCUCAGCGAGGGGAUGAUGGCAAUGCUUUAUACGGAGGCUUUACAUAACUUGUAAAUUAAAUGUGAAUGAGGACAGUUCAUUAAAAUUGGUAUUACAGAAGUGGCCUGCCGAGGUUUGAAAGCAGCCACGCUGCUGGUGUCUUGGGCACUUCCCUGAAUUAGUGCUGCAUUUCUGUGGGAAACCAGCAAAGGGAGCAAAUAAUGGAAGAUCCUGAUAAGGACCAUCAGCCAUGAGGCGAGCUUGGGAGGCUGUGCAAAUGGAUCUGCAGGGGAUUCACAGACCUCUUCCUUAAGCCUCCAAAUCCCUCAGUGGCACACUUAGCACAUGAGGCUCAGCCACCAGCAACAUGAGUUGGGGCACACAAGGUCACCCAUCCUGUGCUGAGGGAACCAGACCUCCCUCUGUGGGGUGUUUUUAGCUCUGUCUACAGCACUUAACUAUAGAGGUUUCAUCUUACUUAAUUUUUAUUAAGGGGUAUUUUGAAAAAUUUAAAAGACAGGAGCACACAUAAACAGUUCUGUAUAAUAGUUAAAAGCGAAACUGGAGGAGGUGGAUGAGAGGUUGUCUUGAUAAAUAUAAUUACUUCUGAUUUUCUUAAUGGAAUUAAUUCAUUAGAAAAUGUCUGCAUCAGAUCUGUAGAAAAGGAAGAAAAAGAUAGCAACAAAAGUAUAGCUAUUAUCUAACUUGCUGUAAGUAUUUGCAAUUGUGAUACUUUGGAAUGUUGCCACGAUAUGGAUUGCUUUGAUUAAAAGAUGUCAGCUAAAUAAAACAAUACUGUGGGAGAAUUGUUUUCUGCUGCUAGAUAAAUAAAUGCUGAUGUUUAUUUUUAAACCAGGAAACAUUGAUCCUGUAACAAUGGCCUAUUACAAUUGCUUUAUUACACCACGGGGCUGAUGCGGAUUUAAUCAUUUGGCUAAUGGAUGUGGGUGCAGGAUGGAUGCUCGUGCUGUCCUGCGCUCCCACUUGCAUUCUGAUGGGCCUCAGGAGCUCGGCUGGGCAUCUGCAGGUGCAGCUGCGGCUGCAGAGUUGUGUUUCCCUGAAACCCGAAGCCAUGUCUGGCCGAAAUAAAAUAGGUUGCCUUUUCCUUUUUGUUUCCCUUCAGAAAACACUAACUAUGGGAGACAAAUCAGAUAUCUUAACACAAUUUAAUUAAGGCUUAGCACUAACAAGAAUGCAUAGCUUUUUAUGAUUUAGGAAGAUGAUAAAUUAGUGUGCACGUUUCACACAUUGACUCACCAGUUUUCUGUGUAAUACAAAAAAGCCCUGCUGCCUGCAUUCCCAUAUUUCUUUUGUUUUUUUAGAAGUAAACUAGAUUCAGCUGUUAACCCUCUAGUGCAGCAUUCAUUAAAAUUUUUUUUUUUCCAUUGAAUCUUUUAUGUGGAUUCAAAGGUCAGAAUAAAUGUCUGUAAUACUGAGACCAUGUGUGCAAGAGCUACUUUUUGCUUCUUUAUCCUUCCCUCAUUUACCAAAUGUUUAUUAAGUACCUUCUGUAUGUUAUAUACUAUACUAUACUGUAUGAGGUGCUGAGAAAUUAAUCAAUGAGAGUGAUUUUUGUUUUUGCAUUUUUCAUUCGUAAGCAGCCUGAGUAAGGGGAUCAGGCUUCUUCAUAGAGAAAAAAAUACAGAAUACAUUUGGUUCUCAUUUUUGUUGUUAGUGUUUCCUUUUUAAAGACAAUUUAUAAACUGCUGCCAUUUGGAACUUCCUAGAAGAAACUCAGAAUGAUCUAUUUAAAUGUUCCCUUCACGUCCUCUCUCCUUUUUGAGUAAAGAAAUAAUUUCAGUAACACAUGCUGUUCCUACCCUGUUUUACGUCUUUCUGCCUGUCUUGAAAAAAGAUCUCUGCAGUUUAUGAUGUGAAUGUUUAUUCUGACUUCAAUGUACAUAAACAUUUUAGGAAUUGAGUAUUUUAAGAGAUGUCUUAGAAUGCUUUAUUUUUCAUAAUUUUUCCUUUAUGUAUUUUAAGUUGUAUUUCCUGUUUUGACAUGGAAUUCAUUUAAAAAGUUGGUACAGGAAAGGACUCUUUACCGUUGUACAUUUUGGUUAUCUGAUAUGUAAUAAAUUCACGGUUUUAUGGCUGAUUUUACAUUUCCUAGAAGGAAGGAGAUGUAUAUCUGAGUUCCAGAUUGAAAGAGCCAUUCACAGCAUGUUCUUACAUGUUCCAUGCCAGCCUGAUGAAACCUGCCCUGCCAAGACGUAAACUUUUGUACUAGCUGUCUCCAUGUUAUGUUUAAUAAAUUCUUUGCUCUGAAUAUA